CAAAGAUAUGAGGAAGAAGUGGGAAGUUGCUUUGAGGAGGGAAGGGUUCACUGCAAGCGAGUCAUCCGUGAUUUGCAGUGAGCAUUUUAAGCAGGACGAGUUUGACAGGACAGGACAGAUUGUCCGACUCAGAGAUGGUGUUAUUCCCUCCAUCUUCAGCUUCCCGGUUCACCUCCAAAGACCGGAAAAGGGCAGGACUACGUCUACUUCCAGAAAAGCUGAAGAGAGCCUGUCUGUGGCCCCUCAGGACGACCCAGAAGCUUCAACCUCACACUCACAACCUCAGCCUAAUGAUGCAAACAGUCCAAUUGCAACGACCACCGGACAGAUCAAGUGGAGGUUCAUCAAUCAUCUCAAUGAGGUGCAAAAAAAAGACGGACUGCAUGCUGCCAAUCAAAUCACAGACAAACAUGUCUACUUUGAGAACCACAAGAGGAGGGUGUCCCUGGCUGCACAAACACUGAGUCGCUCCGUGUCAGUUGCUCUCCGCACAAUGAGGGAUCUUAGGUACUCUCAGUUUAAAGACUGAGGCAACGGCAGAAUUCAUUGAGGUAAACAGUUAGUGAUUAUAGAACCAAGUACGUGUUUGUUUUUAAAUAAUUGAUCAAAAUGUGAUUUGAGCAUCAGGAACAAUUUGUUGAUAAUUCUCUAAGUUCAACAUGCAAAUAUUUUCAUGAACCGUGAUAUUGCAUAUUCAUAAAUACAAAAGUGUGUAUAUAACCUUACACAUACCUUCACACAUUUUAGAGUGGUAAAGCUCUGUGUGAAAUGUGCUGUAGCACAAAGCAGGCCUAUGGAGAGAAGGAAGUCAAGCAAAUACUAAGUUUGCAUGUUGAACAUACAGCUUAGAAAUAAGUACUCUGUUCUCUUUAUAUCUUGAAUAGAUGAGUAUUGAUUACAACUAUCUGAUACCUAAUGAAACACUGUAAUGAUAGUGAUUUAGAUGCCGAUAUUUCUUUAUAGAUUAUUGACAGGCUGUUUGACACGAUGAAUGGACGCAAUCCUCGUGCCAAAGGAUUCAAAUCUCCCUUGGGUGCUUUGAAUUGGAUAGAGAGGAAAGCAUUUUUGUCAAGAGCCAGGGAGUACUUGCUCACUUUGGGGACAAAAGAUGGAACACCACUUCACCGAUCU